CGCGAGCCGACCGUGUUGACAUCUAGGAAGUUUAAGAUGUCGGGGAAUGUUUUGUGCGACGAGCCGCUGGUAUGUUCGCGGACGAAAUGACUUGCUCGUUGUGGCGUACGUCUGCUAAAUUCCGGCCUAAGUUAAAUCCCAAAGUGUUGUAAGAGCGCCACGCCGCCGCGGUGGGGCCGUGGCCAGCCAGGUCGUCCCAGCCGUCUGUCGCCGCCGACGCCGACGCCGACCCUGUGCGCGAGCGGGGCAAGGGUGAGGAAAAAGACGAAGAGGAAGAAGAAGAAGAACGAGGAGGAGACCGAGGAGGCGCGAGACGAAGGCGAGCGCGAGGACUGCCAGUGUAUUGCCAGUGUGUAUGUGUGUGUCCGCGUACCACUGCCAGGACCUGAGGUACCCGGGACCCCGGGGGGUCGCGUUCCUCCCUUCUCGCUCUUCUUCCUGAUCGACCGUGCGAAAAACCCGCGCGGGGGUGACAGGUGAAUUAAUAUCGGACGGGAGGCGCGGACGCAAAAUAUAUAGGGGGUGGAGAGAGAGAGAGAGAGCGGGCGGCCGAGCACGUGGUGUGACGAUUGUUGUUUUUUUCCAAAUUCAUCACUCUCGACUCUUGGGAUGGGAGCCAAGGCGAGCACCGUGGCACAAUCCGCCGGCGGCAACGGUCAAUCCUCCACCGGGGCGAACGAGACCGCGAUGCAGGGCUUCUCCAUGCUCCGCUCCCUACCGGGCGGCGUGGGCAUGCUCCAGCAUCAGCACCAGCAGGCCAAUCAGUCGCAGAACUCGCGGAUGUCCGGGGACAGCAGGCAGCGUGCGCGCUCGCUGAGCUCCGUCCCGGACCUGUCCACCGCCGAGCAGGCUGGCCUCUCCACCUCGGUCGGGGUUGGAGUCGGCCAGGCCCUCGGCCUGCCGCAGCUCGACUCUGACGACACGGACGAGGAGAGUGGUCGCGUCUACGCCGCUCACAGCUUGCCUUCGCACAUUUGGUCCCUCAACGGUCUAAAGUGUCCCGUAUGCUCCAAGUUCAUUCUGCCGGAUGAUAUCGAGUGUCACCUGGUCAUGUGCCUGACCAAGCCGCGUCUCAGUUACAAUGAGGAUGUGCUGACAGAUGGAAAGGGAGAAUGUGUCAUUUGCUUGGAGGAGCUACAAUCUGGAGAUCUUAUAGCCCGCUUGCCCUGUCUUUGUAUAUAUCAUAAAAACUGUAUCGAUAAGUGGUUUCAAGUGAAUCGUAGCUGCCCUGAACAUCCCGGAGAUUGAUUCGUACCUGCUGAACUUGGUGGAGUAUAGUGGAACAAGUUGCUAGCCCAGAGGACUCGCGCCGAAGGGGUUGAGAUGGCAGAAAACGGCAGAAAAAAAGAAGCUAGUCAAGGUGGCUGCUAGUCCGCAAAUGGUGAUUGGUGCGUGCGGUGAAAUGUUCGACUGAACGAGACUCGCUCAUAAAAUCGAACACACACGGAAACACAGAUGUUUAAUUCAAUCCUCAAAUCUACUCUUGUUAAGCGGAGGACUUAAAUAACAAAAAAAAUCGCCAUAGGAUUCAACGAUACAAUGCUAUUACCUAUACGUAUCUAUAAUUAAUCUAUUAUUGCUCUAUCGCUUAAUAUCAAUUGUACCAUAUUUAUAAAUUUUACUUAGUUUUACAUCUUGAACUCGAUUUAGCGCUUAUAAGCAGGACAAUCUUUAUUAUCUCGAUCAUGAUUUUUGUCUUUUCUUAUUCUUUUUAUGGUUCUUUAUUUUUUCUUUCUGGAAAAGGGGGACAGGACGAAUCUUAGUCAAGGGGACCUGCGUAGGAGCAGGUGUGAGCUCUACCUUAGAUAAGUUAGUUAUACUUUUAUUGAUUUUUAGUAUUGAGACGAUAUAUCGUAAUUUCCGUUGUCUGUUGGGGAAUGAGUGCUAGAAAGGAUAUUUUUGAUACUUUCAUAAAAGGGAGAGCCAGAAUGUAUAAGAGUUUCAAGCGCUGGAGAUGACGACGUAACACUGUUGAUGCUGUAGUAACAAUAAAGGUUCUGAUUUAACCUUCUUUACUGAGAGAUUCAUACUAAUGUGAUAAAUCUCUUUUGUUGUUAUUAGAGAGAAUUGACGCGCUCCGUGUUACUAAGAUGUACAGUCUAUUGUCGAUUACUGAGGAUUUACCUACUGUAUAAUUAAUCUCUUUUGUAUACGGAUAAGGAUUGACAUAACCCAGCAGAAGUAGUUUUUGUAAUACGAACAAUCAAAGUCUAUCAUUGUUCCAGUAACGUACGCAAAACCGUAUAUGUUCGGCUCGGACUUCGUCACUUGCGUGAGGUUUAAUGACACACGAACUAACACAGAACAAUGAGAGAAUACGAGGAGAACGGAGAAAUGAGAAUGUGGUGCGAUGAAAAAAAAAACAUGAGAAGAAACUAGAAAUAAAUUAUAUUAACAAAAUCGAACGCGUAAACAUAAAGUAUGUACAUACAUAUGUGUAUAUGUAUAUGCAUACUCUCGCGCACUUUCUCUCGACAGAUAUUUUAAUAUCGAGUUAAACAUCUUUUUCACUGAUAAGCAAUUAUAAAAUAAAAAGUUUUCACGAGCCAGGAUGGUUGCUCGUUGGACUGCAAGCGGUCUUAAAAAAGAAAAAACAAUUCAAAUUUUAAAAGAUAUUUAAUAUUACAGACAUCGAAAUUAAUCGAUUAAAUAAAUAAAUAAAUAUAAAAAGAAAGACAUAUCUGCAUUCAAGAGAAAGUGCGCGACGCCUAAAACAUCCUGUAUGUAUAUAUAUAUACACACUUUUUUUAAGCUAUACGAGAGGUAAGUGGCCGUAGAGACGACAAGCGCGAUUUCGUAAAGAAAUUAAAAGAAAAAAAAUAAAGAAAAAAAGGGAGCAAGAUGUAAAGGGAACCCAAGAUAAAAAGAUGCGACAUCGGUAAUAGCGAUAACACACAUACACAAGGAGGUUCCUCCUUGUACUGCGUUACUGAUCGAGGCGAGAAUUGUCUCGCGGCUGGUCGUUUAUCGAUUUUACGAUAUGUAAGACUCGUUGUAUUGCGACGAUUUAUACAAAGACGGAAUGCGGGGUAGAAAGCGGAAGAUAACGCGCGCGGUGACGAGGAGGGACGGAAAUAGAUCGCGCGUAUCCUGCAGCGCGGCACGGCGAAACGCGGGGAGCACGUGCGUCGCGUGCGUGUGCGUGUGCGUGUGCGUGUGUGAGUGUGUAUGUGUGUGUCGCGCGUGGAGUCAAUACGCGCGCGCACGCACGUGCUCGGUGCUCGCCUCGCACUCGAUCCCGCGUAGCGGUAUUCCGUAUUGUGAAUCUGUUCAUAUCUCUUAGCUGUACCUUCUUGCACUUGCCGUCUUAAAAAACGGACGCGUGUAUUAAAAAGCGAUAGCAAGGUGUAGGAACUGCAACUAAAGUAAUAAACAGAAUCAACGGUACUCGUUUUUAAUUAUUCAAAAAACACGAAAUAAUCAGUUUUUUUUAAAUAAUAUGUGUCUUAUUUUCUGAUUGUAUAGAUAUAGAGUGUCCCUGAAAGACCACCGCACGUUCAGGGAUGCGAUAUUAAUUGGCGAGCUUUACAUUAAAAUUCUGUUGAAAGUUUAAUUUAAUUGAAAAAUAUUCUGUUAUUUAUUUUUCCUCUGAAGCUUCGCCGAAAACAGCCCUAAUUUUUAAUUACCCAACUGCAUAAUAUUUUCAAGUAAAAAUUAACUUGAAAUUGUUGAAAGAAUUUGAGGUAUUUGUUUAUGAAUAGGACGCCUGAUUCUCGGGGCAUCUUAAUUAUUCAGAAUCAUAUAUCGUCUCGUUACCACGAGCGAUACGUGCUGUUGAUUUAAGAUGUGCGGUACGGAAUUCCUCUACUUGACGGGCUGUAACAAUAAUCGAUCUGAUUGCCGCCAAAUAAAAACGUGAAUGCCCGAAAGUGUGUCUAAUCUAGCGCCGUAGAAUAAUGAGAUCGCGAAGGGAAGGCGGUGGAAGCCUAAACUCGCAGGAUUGUAACUGUGGAUACACAGGUUGUAAUGAUAAACCAUUUGUAUGUAUGACACUAUUGACUUAAAUAUAUAGUUUAUAAGCUACGUUCGAUUUACAAGACGUCUAAUUUUACAAGCUGUUUGUUUGUUUGUUUUUUUCUACGCGCGAGAGGCGCGAUGAAUCGUGCAGUCGCGGUAAUUGUGGGGUAAGCGUUUCGAAUGAUUGUUAUACGAAGUGACGAUCGAUUCGUAAGUUGAUUUGACUAGCCCGAUUUUGCCUUAUUGAGAAGUUAAGUUGAACAACAUUUUUUUUUAGCGUUAGAUCGAAACAAAGCGACAAUUGCUUUAGCAUUAGACGGAAACGAAGUUCUGUUCAAGCAAAAUUCAUGUGUAAUUUGUAAAAGAUUAAGGAUUUUGAUCGUUUGAACAUUUAUUCAUAAAUAUAAUACGAUAAAUUCUUGAUUCUAAGAUGAUUA